UUAAUAAAAUUACUCUCUGUUAAUUUUUCGAUAAAUGUGAUCAGAAGUCUGUCUUUCAAAUAUCGGCAACUUUCUUCAUUCAAAUAUUAUCACUAAAAUCAAAUAGUUUAGUUAUUUCAAAAUCUAUUUUUUGUUACAAAAGUUUUAUAAAUUUAUUCAUGAUGAUAUCAAUAAAAAAUAUUAUUUUGAGUGUAUGGUUUGCAAGUGUUUCUUGUUAUAAAUUCGAAAACUUCAAUUUACCAGUAACAGAUACUCCAAUCACACACAUCAAUAUGGCUCAACUUUUUGAACUUUGUUAUGCAAAUACAUCAAAUCCUAUAGUCAUCACUAAAAACUUGGCAACGAGUUUGCACAAAAAUUUGGCCGAUACGAUAAAGGCACCUGUUAUUGUCAUAAACGAUGAAUUUAUAUCAAAAGACAUUCAACUGUACUAUCCAACCUAUCCAAUGUAUAUUUUAUCAGUGUCGACUCAAAUGGAACUGGGUGCUCUAUUGAGCAAGCUCAUGAGUUCACCCUUCUGGAGUAUUCAAUCAGCGUUUUUCGUGAUCAUCGAACCUAUAAAAUCAUGUGAAAACGCUUCUAUUGGAGUUUUGGGAUUACUGUGGUGGUAUGAACUGUUAUCAUGUGUCGUGGUGUGCUCCUGCACCGGCACUGAAACUACUCUCUAUACUUACAAUCCUUUCACGAAACGAGCUCCCGAUCCUUGGAUUGAAAUUAAGAAAAAUUGGUUUGACCACCAUCAACGACCAGUGACCUUCUACAAGCAAUCUUUCACUAACGAUCAUAACAUAUGUGCGAAUCUAACUUUUGAUAAAAUUAACCUUCUUGAUGGUUAUCCUGUUAAAAUGGCCGAGGUGAUACCGAAAGAUACAAAGUUUUACUUGACUCAGACAUUUGCUUCUUUGAAUACAACUCCGCAAAUGACUGCCUUCGAAGGAGAUUCUGUUUUACUCGCUUUAUCAAUAAUAAAUAGUGAACAAGACAUUAGUGGAGAUUUGUAUGCUGAUUAUGCAGCUCAAUUUGGAGACGCAGUGCCCGUGAUUUUCGAAAAUUCUUAUGUCAUAGUAACACAAAAGCGAAGUUUUCAACCAGCAUUUUAUGAAACUGAAAGUGUGUUCGAUAUUAAUGGGGCUAUAGGGAUAGUAAUUAUUCUUCUUCUAAUUACCGUCCUGAUUAUAUUGCACAAUGGGUAUCAAGUCAGAUUGGCUAUUCUGGAUGUCUUGAAGCUGUUGAUGAGUAUGGGAAUGGAUGCACCUCUUGAUCGGCUCACCAUGAAAUUAACCUUCUUCACUGCUUUUUUGUUCGUUUUUAUAUUUGGUCCAGCGCUUGAGGGACAAAUAUUCGCCUCACUGACUCGUCCGCCAUCUCAGAACGUGGAGUCUCUUAAGGACUUGUAUGAUCAAAAGUACCACGUAUAUUAUCUUCAAUCGGUCCAUAAUCGUGUAUUAGAAGAGGAAUUAUGGAAAACUGAAGAGGAAAUGAAAUAUUUACAUCCCCGUCUAAGACCUUUUCCCGUAAAAAGAUGUUUGAUACUAAUGAUGCGCGAUCCUGAAGUUGCGUGUGUUAUACCAGAUUUUGCCAUGUUAUUUUGGACUAAGGAAUUUCAUUUUCACGCGUCCAAAAGAUUUGUGUUUAAAACGAAUUUUUUCUAUCAUAAUCGAUUAAAUUGGGCCCUGGGCAAACGAUUUUAUCAGAGAUUAUUAAAAUUCCAAGAAUUAGGUCUCACACAAUUUGACGCACCAACGUACGUACGGAUUGCAUCAAACAAAAUGAAAAAAGAAAAAAGAAAAGAAAGAAUGUUAAAUCAUGACAUAAUUGACGCUGAAGAUUUGACAAAUUUAUAUCUAUUCAUGGCAUUUUUUCAGCUUUUGGCAGUCAUCAUCUUUGGUAUUGAACAUAUUUUCGCAUAUUAUCGCCGUCAGAGACGAUAGAAAUCAAAAUUCAAUAACAUUGACAAAAUAUGCCUAUUAACAAAAACAGAUGCGCUUGAGUCAAUAAAUUUGAUUGUGUAGAUUUCCUCCAUUCAACCAAUUCUCAUGUUUUUUAUUUAAAUUAAGUUAUUUAUUAACAGUCGACUAUCAUAUUUUGUGAGUAUUUGGGCAAAAGCGUCUUCAUUAGAUGUGAUUUUUACAAUAAUAGUUACGCAAGUAAUCAUAACAUCCCUCGCAGAUUUGAAUCAUGGUGGAAACACGGCGGGUUUGUUCUAUUUUACCACUGUGUAUACCCGGUGGUGAAAUGAAACAAACCCACCGUGUAACCACGGUGGAUCCACGGUGUUUACACUUCUACGGUGUUUCCACCGUGAUUCAAAUUUGCAAGGGAUAUAU